GGCACAGCAGCGGCUCUAUAUAAGAGCUAGUCCUCCCUGCAGAGCUCAUUCAUCGCUUAUUUGCCGACAACCAACCCUCCCGAAAGGAAGUUUUUAUCCCGAUUCCACACAAUGAAGGUGAUGAUCAUUUGCACUGUCGGAUGUUUGAUGAUGUUGACCGUGGCUUCGAUGCCGGUGGCUCAAAAAUCAUCGCUCGAUCACCUGAUCAUCCCUUACGAGGAUUCUCCAGUCGACUAUGGCGUCUUCGUUUCGGAUCAAGGAUCCCAAUUCAAGGACGAACCGACAGUCAUCACCACCUACAACGUCGGCACGUUCAGGCAAGGUGAUUUCCUCACGGUGCCACUUGGAGCUUCGUACACGGUCGGCGGACCCGAUCACCAGAAUCGUUUGAAAAAAGGCAUCGUCACCGGAACAAAGCGCUUCUCUCUGACAAAUACCGCCGGAUAUCGACCCGGAAUUGUCUUGUAAUCUCUCUCUUGAUGAAAACAAAAAGCUAAAGGAACCCUUACGAACCUAUCGGAUUUCUAAACCCUAUGAAUGUUUUUUCUUUCUUGUAUAGAGCUCAUGUGUGUGUGUGCCCGAGUGUGUGUGUGUAUUUUCAUUGUCUCAAUCACGAAUUCCCUCCUGUCAAUGUCUUUUUUUCCCCGCUCAGGUAAGCGAUAAGGAGACAUUGAUUAUUUCCAUUGUAAAACUGCACGAGCUCAUUUGAACCUGCGAUGUUGUCACAAAUAAAAAGCAACUGAAUUUCUUUUAA